AUGGACAAAGACAGCCAUAAAGAAAAUGGAGGGGACACUGGGCUAUCAACCUCCUCAGAACUCCCACAAGACCUUGAAGCACAAUCACUUGCCAAAUUCGACGAUCAAGUGGCCAAAGGACACCUGAUCUAUGAGCCUUCGACGGCCGAGACCGUGGAGGACCAGGGGUUCAAACUCAGUUUUCGAUUUGUGCCACACCUGCGCCGCAAGCCGAUCACGCCAUCAGAUGCGCCUGAACGCAAGACAGGAAAGGGGCACAAUCCCUUUCUCAAUCCCAAGCCGGAAGAGAUCCUUUCUGAGGUCGGGCCAUCGCAUCUUCUGAUCUUGAACAAAUUCAGUGUUUACAGACCGAGUCUGCUGGUCAUUACGAGGCAUUUUGCCCCUCAGUCCGAUGACCUUGAUUUCAGCGACUUGUCGGCCGCCUGGGCAAUCUUGCAACACUUCAAGCAGCGGUAUAUGAUGAUAUACAACUGUGGCUUCGAGUCUGGGUCUAGUCAGGGGCAUAAGCAUCUACAAUUCUGGCCGUAUCCCGAUGAGCAAGAGUUGGGAUUCCAGCUCUUUCCAAACGUGGCUGAGUCGACAGUUAACAUCACGGAUGAUAUCCCGACCGUGCCUCACAAACACUUUGUUCUUCGGUUGCCAACGCACUGUGAUGCAAAUACCCUUAUCCAAGCCUACGGAAAACUUGUCGCAAGAGUUCGUCACAGCCACGCAGAAGCCGGUGGGGGCACCGAUUACAAUGUGAUCCUGAUCACUCACUCCGAAUGGGCCUCGUCCGAUGCCUACUCAGCCAGCGCCGGCGCUGGUGUGCGCGCUGACACCUCCCACCACGCCGCCUUCAAACGGCUACCCUUCAACUUUUGCGCGCUGAGUCUGCAGCCCUUCACCACGCCUGUCUGCACCGCCGAAGGCAUCAUAUUCGACCAUGAGAACAUCCUACGGUGGCUGCUGAAACACGACACGAACCCGACGAACGGAAAGCCCUUGAAGCAGCAAGAUCUCAUAAAGCUGAACUUUGCGAAGAACGACAGCGACGAGUAUGUCGACCCCGUCACGUUCAAGGUCUUCACGGACAACACGCACAUCGUCGCGGUGCGCCACGGAGAAUCGGCCAAUGUCUUCGCGUAUGACACGGUCGAGCGGCUGAAUAUAAAACCCAAGAUGUGGCGCGAUUUGGUCUCGGACGAGGAGUUCACCAGGAAAGAUUUGAUCACCCUGCAAGAUCCGCAGAACCUGGAGUCACGCAACCUCACCUCGUUCAAGUACCUGAAAGAUGGCGAAGAUUCGGGAAUUCCCAAAGAGGAAGCGUCGAUCAAUACCGCAAGCUUGGGUAGUGCUGCGGAUCUAAAGAUCAUGAAAGCGAAAGAAGCGGUUGCGAAAGCCAGAGCCGAGCGAGCAAAUGCUGCCGGACAGAACAGUAAAUCCUUAUCGGCGGCAACGUCGAUCAACUCGGUCAAUAAGACCAGCUCAACAUCCCAGUCGUCCAAAACAAUACCCUACAAUGCAACGCGGCACACAACCGGUCAGGCCGCCGCGUCUUUCACCUCCACUGGUCUCACACCGCACACGUCAAACGCGCUCGCAACAAUGACAGACGAAGAAUAUAUCCUUAAACCCCGACGCGUCAAACACAAGGGCUACGUCCGGUUAACCACCACCCUCGGGCCCCUGACAUUAGAACUCAACCCCGAAUAUGCGCCGAAAGCGGUGUGGAACUUUGUCAAGCUGGCGCAAAAGGGAUAUUACGACGGCAUCAUUUUCCACCGCAACAUCCGCAACUUCAUGAUCCAGUCGGGCGAUCCGACGGGGAGCGGCAGGGGCGGGACCAGCAUCUGGGGCAAAAACUUCAACGACGAGCUCGAAGGCCCGCUCAAGCACGACAAGCGAGGCGUGCUGAGCAUGGCGAACAAGGGCAAGAACACCAACAGUUCGCAGUUCUUCAUCACCUACCGGCCCGCCAGCCACCUGGACCACAAACACACCAUCUUUGGACGUGUCGCCGAGGACGCCGAGGACGGAGGCGACUCGAUGGAGACGCUCAAGCGGCUGGAAAACGCCCCCGUGGACAGCACCGACCGGCCCACCGAGGAGAUCAAGAUCGUCGAGGCCACGGUGCUGAUCGACCCGUUUGACGAGUUCUGGAAGCAGAAGAACCAGGCCGAGCGGAGCGAGAAGGAGAAGUCGGACCGGAAAGCCGCGGUAACAGACCCAGGGAGUCUCGGUGUGGACGAGGACCGCACCACGUGGACCGGUAAGAGGAUACGUGACGACGGCACCGUGGAAUCCGGCGGCGGGGCCGGACAGGUCGGGAAAUACCUCAAGGCGUCACUGUCGAGGCACGGCCAGGACAAUGACGAGGACGAGAUCGUCGAGGUCAUUGACGACGAGCCGGAGCAGCCCGUGCGGAAAAAGACAAAAGGCGGAGGAGGCGGCUUUGGAAAUUUUGAUUCGUGGUGA